CAGCCAGAGCCAACAAAGUGGAGAAGUCUCCGAUCCCCGGGGCUCAUAAAAUGGGUUCGGCGCGAUGAUGGGAGCAGCAGUUUGGGAGAAGUUUUCGAGCGGUCAACAUGAAGUCGGUUAUUAUUCUUUUGGCGUUAGUGGCCUUUUGCCAAGCGGCACCUUUGGACGUCAAGGAGUCAUCCUCUGAAGCUCUCCCUAGACCCAGUCCCAUUAGUCCCGAUGUGAUCAGUGAUCCCAAGCCCCCGGCAAAGGUCGUCCUGCUGAAGGAUGCACCCGUCCUGAAUCGCGAGAAGCGUAAUGAGCCCAAGAAACCCGACAGUGAAGCUCCUGAGCACAAUGAUGAUGAUGAGAAGCCCAUUCCACUAACCUCAAAACCUCUGGAGAGCCACCACGAGGAUCACCACAGCAAGCACAGGCGGGAGGCUCAUCACGAGGAGGGUCACAAGGAGGAGCCCCAGAAGGAGGAGGUGAAGGAUGCUCCCGAGGUGCCCGAGCCCAAGAAGGAAAAGCGGGAGGCUCACCACGAGGAGGGUCACAAGGAUGAGGAUAAGCCGCAGGUGGAGGACCUUUCACUGCCACAUGCUUUGCCCACGGAUGCCCACACCGCCGAGCUGCCCAAAAAGCAGGAGAAACGCGAGACUGUGGAGAAACCCGCCAGCGUGAAGGCCCGUGAGUCCAUCCAGCACAAUCCCCAGCACUCCGAGGAUCUGCACAAGGCCAUUGAGUCACUGGCCGCAGGAAAGGCCACCGAGCAGCGUCAUCAGCGCGAUAUUCCCGUGCCCACCCAAACCAAGGCCACCGCCGAACCUGCUGCCGCACCAGCAAAAUCUGAAGCCGGAAGCACCACGCCCUCAUCGCCCCACCAUCUGAACAUCCCACAUCCCAUUCCGGUGGCCGAACUCUUCGAGAAGAAUAAGCAUUCGGAGAAGAGCUCCUCCAGUUCCGAGGAAAGCAAGGAGAGCAAGGAGAAAGUCAAGGCCUAAACUUAAGAUACCGAACUUGCUAAUUGAACCAUCACGAGAUUUGUUGUAACUGAACUAAAUAAACAAAAAUAUUUACAUGCUUAUAUAAAAA